AUGAACUAACCCAAAUAGCAAACACAAGAAAUCAAAAAUAAUUAGAACAUCAUUUAAAAUAAUUAAUAAAAUCAACAAAACAAUUAAUAAUAGUAAUAAUAAAAUAAUAAUGAAACUUAAGAAAAUCCAUUAAAUAUUGCUUAAUUAAUAUAGAGAAAAGAUAAAAAAGAUCCUGGAAAUCCUGAAAUACCUGAAAAUCCAUAAAAUAAUGAAAAUCCCGAAAAUCCUGAAAGUCCUGAAAAUCCUGAAAGUCCUGAGAAUCCUGAAAAUCAAGAUAAUAAAAAAGAUCAUAAUACAUAAAUGAAAAGUUAAGCAGAUGAAAACGAACAAAGCUAAGUAAAAGUAAAUGAUUGCAAUGCAAAAGAAUUUCCAUUUACAGAUGUACUAAAUAAACUUAAAUUAAAUGAAGGAUAUCCAAUAGUAAAUUUAAUAGCUGCUUAAUAAAGUAAAAGAGGCAGCUUUUAUGCAGGUAUUGCAAGGGCAUGUUUUAAUAGUGAUGCUAUAAUAGUAAAUUCUUUAAUUGAGACUGGAAUUGAAAAAUAUGCUUUGAGAAGAAAUUUGACUGUUAUUGGUGUUGCUCCUGAAAAUUGUGUUAAAUAUCCAAAAAUUAAUUCUAUAUAGAAAUCUAGUGAUGAAAUUUCUAAUUGUCAUACUCAUAUAUUUUUAUUAAUAAUUUUGAAGAUGAAACUAGAUUAGCAGUGA